CUUGAGGAGUCAGUGGGGCGUUAACUCUGGUUCUGAGUCCCGCCAGAUCCUGGAUUCUACGCGGAGUCUUCAAGGUCUGUAGCAGACCGGAGGCCACCGAAUUCUGCGUUCCGGCCUUCAGCUCAAUUCCUAGCUGAGCAGAGCGAGACGGCGGCGGCGUAUACGGCCCACCAUGGCCGCGAACUAUUCCAGCACCAGCAGCAGAAAAGAGCAUGUCAAAGUGACAUCUAAGCCCCAGCCAGGCUUCCUGGAGCGGCUGAGUGAAACUUCCGGCGGGAUGUUCGUGGGGCUCAUGACCUUCUUACUCUCCUUCUACUUAAUUUUCACCAAUGAGGGCCGUGCACUGAAGACAGCCACCUCGCUUGCAGAGGGCCUGUCACUCGUGGUGUCCCCCGACAGCAUCCACAGUGUAGCUCCGGAGAAUGAAGGGAGGCUGGUGCACAUCAUCGGGGCUCUAAGGACUUCCAAGCUCUUGUCUGACCCAAACUAUGGGGUCCAUCUCCCAGCUGUGAAGCUGCGGAGGCAUGUGGAGAUGUACCAGUGGGUGGAGACAGAAGAGUCCAGUGAGUACACGGAAGAUGGGCAGGUGAAGAAGGAGACCAAGUACUCCUACAACACAGAGUGGAGGUCAGAAAUUGUCUCCAGCAAAAACUUUGACCGAGAGAUUGGUCACAAAAACCCCAGUGCCAUGGCAGUGGAGUCUUUCACAGCAACUGCCCCCUUUGUCCAAAUUGGCAGGUUUUUCCUCUCAGCAGGCCUCAUUGACAAGAUUGACAACUUCAAGCCCCUGAGCCUGUCCAAGCUGGAGGACCCCCACGUGGACAUCAUUCGCCGAGGAGACUUUUUCUACCACAGUGAAAACCCUAAGUACCCAGAGGUUGGUGAUGUUCGUGUCUCCUUUUCUUAUGCGGGACUGAGCAGCGACGACCCUGACCUGGGCCCGGCUCAUGUGGUUACUGUGAUUGCCCGGCAGCGAGGUGACCAGCUAAUCCCAUACUCCACCAAGUCUGGGGACACCUUGCUGCUCCUGCACCAUGGAGACUUCUCAGCUGAGGAGGUGUUUCAUAGAGAACAGAAGAGCAAUUCCAUGAAGACAUGGGGCCUUCGGGCGGCUGGAUGGAUGGCCAUGUUUAUGGGCCUCAACCUCAUGACCCGGAUCCUGUACACCCUGGUGGACUGGUUUCCUGUCUUCCGAGACCUAGUCAACAUUGGCCUGAAAGCCUUUGCCUUCUGUGUGGCCACCUCGCUGACCCUGUUGACUGUGGCUGCUGGCUGGCUCUUCUACCGACCGCUGUGGGCUGCUCUCAUCGGCUGCCUGGCGCUGGUGCCCAUUAUCAUUGCACGGACCCGGGUGCCAGCCAAGAAGCUGGAGUGAGGCCUGAGAGGCCAGGUUCCGUCACCUCUGCCCAGCUCCAGCUGGAACAGGCAUCUGCACACCCCACUCUUCAAGGGGCCAGUGUCUACACCUGCAUGCAGGGUUUCACGCUCAUUAGCUCACAUCUCCACCCCACUUCUUGGCAAGUGCAGCUUUGGUGGCCAGAAGCAGCCUGAGGAUGGCUACCCAGCGAGUCCUGUCCUGCUUCAUGCCUUCCCCUCUCAGGGCCUCAUUCCACCCAACUGUCAGCUGAUGUGCUGGUGACGGGCUCAGCCUUCUCACUGCCCAUCCCUCAUUGCUAAAACCAAGUGCCAGGACUGCUAUACAACCACCAGGUACAAGUCAUACCCUGGGAAAGAGCCAUCACCCACUAUACUGCUGGCCAUGUCUCAUCAGUAGGAUACACGUGCUC